AUGACAUUGGAAAGAGCUCUUUGUGAUUUAGGUGUCAGCAUCAACUUAAUGCCUCUCUCAAUGAUGAAAAAGCUUACAAUAGAGGAAGUUAAACCUACCAAAAUGUCACUUCAAAUGGCUGAUAGAUCACUCAAGAUACCUAAUAGAGUUGUAGAGAACUUAUUAGUGAAGGUUGGAGAAUUCACCUUCCGUGCUGAUUUUGUCAUUUUAGACAUGGAAGAAGAGGGACACAACUCAAUUAUCUUGGGGCGACCUUUCUUAGCCACAGCAAAAGCCAUCAUUGAUGUAGAGAAAGGUGAAAUGGUUCUCAGGGUGCACAAUGAGCAAAUAAUCAUCAAUGUCUUUAAAGCAAUGCAAUAUACCCCUGAGAAAGAAAAGCAUAUAAGAGUGAAAAUGAUAGAAGACUUGGUGGAAGAAGUGCUUGGAACCAACGGUCAGGAGGAACAAGAAGAAGAAAUAGAAGCAAAUCAAGACGUCAUCACUUUUGAAGGCAAGACAGAGGAGGUUCCAAAGCAAGAAUUGAAGCCCCUCCCUCCUCAUCUCAAGUGGGAAGGUCCAUAUAGAGUCGAGAAGGCUGAGCCAUACGGAGUUUUCCAUCUAAGUCACCCUUCAAGCUCUGAACUCAUCAAGGUUAAUGGACAUCGUUUGAAGCUCUACCAUGGUGAGAUGGCGACGAAAAACAAGGAGUUAGAGAUCUUCCUCUUGGAGGAUCCACUCGCAACUGAAAACUGA